AUGGUACCCUCAGAAGCUGGAUGCAUACACAUCACCAACUCAGUGUCACAGGAAGGACAGUGACUGAACUUAAUUUGUACUCUGUGGCAUAAGAAAGAAGCAGAGGGGUUAAAUUGGUUUUGUGAUAGGUUGCGAGACUGUUCACCUGAAACCAACAUGGAAUAGUUGAGGCCUAAAAGGGAUCCUGGGACAUAUGAUGACAGUGAAAAAUCAUCUCGGUUGGUGUUCACAAUAAGCAAAGCCACACUGUUGGCCAGUGGGACCUAUCAGUGCUGGCAGAGGCUAAGUUUGUAGCUUUAGGGUCAUUUUUCCUCUGUUCUAGUCACAGGUGAGUCCCAAAUACUCCUAACACCAUCAGAUGGGAUAGCAUGUAGGGCAAACAGCUCAGGAUACAAAAACCCUCUGUCAACCCACAACUUUCUUUUGAUCCAGACAGAUAUGGUAAUGGAAGUGAAACAAAGACAACACUCUGAGUUCAGCCACAGUGAAGGCCCUCCCAGUUCAGCCUUCCCACAAGAAAAGGUCUCAACGAUGCUGGUCACCAGCCUGGUAUCCCUUCACGGUAUGUCCACAAGAACCUUAGGUACCCCAAGCAAUGAGAAUACUAUACCUUCACCACCUUGGUUAUGUUCCAAGAGGGGAAGGAUGUAAAGGAAACCAAAAGAGGAGAAUGUUUCUUAAGCCCUGGUUAUCCACAAGAAAAACCAGUAUUUGGAUGAAACUGGUUCAAAGGUACUAAAGACUUCAUAACACUGUCUUUAGGAAGACAGAUGAAUCAGACAUUUCACGGGGUAGGAAGUCAGACUGUUAGUAAAGAAGGCCUGAGGAAGAGGCAAGUAAGUACCAUUCAGCUGCUGCUACUCACUGUAUGAACAGCAGACAACAAGCUGAGGAACAGAUCUUUGGCUGUUAUGUGAAGACUAACAAGGCAAAAUUGAGACUGUCUGGAGGUAGAUUAUGAACAGUGCAAAGUGGGCAGCCACACUGAUAUAUUAAAUACUUAUAGCUAACUCUUCUGAGUACAGUUUCUCAAUAUGAAUGUUUUCAAUAUUAAAUAACAAAAAGAGUGGAAUGAACAUUCAAUAAUUUAUCAUUAUGCUUUUGCAUAAUAAGUAACUGGUAGAAGUUUUUGCCUGUCCUUGGCAUUCUUAAUUCCUUUUUAUUUCGGCUUUCCUCAAAUCAGUAAGUGCCAGUUUGAGUACCACCAGAAUGUAAGCUCUAUAAAUACAAAUAUUUUGUCUUGCUCAUCCCUACAGAAAGAUAGUACCGGACACAUAGUAGACUCACAACAAAUCUGUUAAAGAACUUGUAUGAUGUGUCAUACAACCCUUCCAAGCAAAUACAGUAUCCCAAUUUCUCAUCAGAAAAUAGGUACAAACAAGUUAAAUGUUGCCCUUCAAAGGAAUUAAUACAGGUUCCUUUUCACUCAAACAUCUUACAUUGUCAGCAAAAUGAUCUACUAUAUGCAUGGAAGCACCUGUACCACCAU